ACAUGGAUCAGUUUACAUGCCCCGUGUUGUGUAACUAAGAGCUUUUAAUGAUUCAAUUACAAUUACAAAGGCUCAAUUAAAAGAUUAGGGAGUGUGUGGGAGCAUGGGGCAGUUAAAAGGGAUGAGGCCUGAAAGAAGAGUGGCGGGAUGAGGUUUGGAAUUUGGGAUUAAGCCCACUGUUGCUCUUUGUAUCUUAAUGUUUCAGGCCUUGAGGGGAAACACUCUUCCCUUCAUUCAGUGAUAAUCUCCUUUUUCUCGGGCACCCUCUCCUCUCUUUAAAAUUGGCCCUUCAAAGCUACUUUAACAAUGGACCGUCGUGUCAUCACAUAGGAGGAGCACAGCUAUCCGUCAUACAGCUGGGAGAUGCUCUUAUAGGCGGUCACUGAUAAAAACAGAGGGUUUCGUGCUUGAUUUUUUUUUUAAAUGUAGUGGUUGUUGCAUUUCUUGGACAAGAAGGGCUCAGAUAACUGUUUUGGUUGUAUCCACAGCAGUGUCUUUAAUGCGUUUUGGUAAUGUGUGUCACUGGGUUAUGAAGCAUAGGCGUGUGCUCGUUCUCUUGAUGCCGAUAGGCUCCUUCUUAGGAGUGGUGAGGAAGAAACUGCCCCGCGAAUGUGGAAAUUCAAGUUCAGUGUGUGCAUAAGGGUGUGUGUGAAGGCACAGAUUCUAGUAUUUGUAAUGAAACAGCUUUUCCAUCAUUGCACGAUCAGACCAUUUAAUAACAACCAGAUCAUGAGAAUACUAAGGUAUGUGAAGUUAUUGGGUGCUGCAGGAAAUUUAACGACGUGAACAAAGCGGUGGAGACCCAGAGCACCAGCUCGGAGGAGAUGGUGCCCAGCUCCCCUUCUCCUCCACCACCUCCCCGGGUCUACAAGCCGUGCUUUGUGUGCCAGGACAAGUCAUCUGGUUACCACUAUGGAGUGAGCUCCUGUGAGGGCUGCAAGGGAUUUUUCCGGCGCAGCAUCCAGAAGAAUAUGGUGUACACCUGCCACCGAGACAAGAACUGCCAGAUCAACAAAGUGACCCGCAACCGCUGCCAGUACUGUCGGCUGCAGAAGUGCUUUGAGGUUGGAAUGUCCAAAGAAGCGGUGCGCAACGACAGGAACAAAAAGAAGAAGGACGUGAAGGAGGAGGUGGUGCUGCCGGAGAACUACGAGCUUAGUGGAGAACUGGAGGAGCUGGUUAACAAAGUCAGCAAAGCACACCAAGAGACCUUCCCGUCUCUGUGCCAACUAGGAAAGUACACCACAAAUUCAAGUGCUGACCACAGAGUACAGCUGGACUUGGGCCUGUGGGAUAAGUUCAGUGAGCUCUCCACUAAGUGCAUUAUAAAGAUUGUGGAGUUUGCCAAGCGGCUACCAGGCUUCACCACGCUCACCAUCGCUGACCAGAUCACCCUCCUCAAAUCUGCAUGUCUGGACAUCCUGAUGCUAAGGAUAUGCACCCGCUACACACCAGAACAGGACACAAUGACCUUCUCAGAUGGCCUGACUCUUAACAGGACCCAGAUGCACAACGCUGGCUUUGGCCCCCUCACAGACCUGGUGUUUGCCUUUGCCGGUCAGCUGCUGCCUUUGGAGAUGGACGACACAGAGACGGGGCUCCUCAGUGCGAUCUGUCUCAUCUGUGGAGAUCGAAUGGACUUGGAGGAGCCGGAGAAAGUGGACAAGCUGCAAGAACCGCUGCUAGAGGCUCUGAAGAUCUACACUCGCCGCAGACGCCCCAACAAGCCUCACAUGUUUCCCCGCAUGCUGAUGAAAGUCACGGACCUCCGAGGAAUCAGCACCAAAGGUGCAGAAAGAGCCAUCACACUGAAGACGGAGAUCCCAGGCCCCAUGCCUCCUCUGAUCAGGGAGAUGCUGGAGAACCCAGAAGCCUUCGAGGACAGCAGCGACUCGGGCGACAGCGCCGCGGCCGCCCCCCCGGCCAUUCAAGCCAUCAAGCAGGAAGAGAAGUCCACGUACGAGUCGGAGGAGGAGGAGGAAGAGGACGACUACUGGGAUGAGGAGAAAGAGCGAGGGGCGGACAGUGACGGAGAGCCGUGGGGCGGGGAGGCGUCAGCGGCGGCCGCUGCUCAAAAGAAAAGCGUGACGCAGUGAGAAGGACAAGAAGAUCGCUGAGCCUCACUGAGCAAUAUCACCUCCCAGAAACCUCACAGAUUUAGGCUCUUAAACAUCCUGAACGGUGUUUCAUACAGCACAUAUCUACUUAAACUGUACAUACUGACUGAAAGGAAAAUGUGUUCAAUUCAGAAUAGGAAGUAAAAGCACUACAUUUCAGUGGAUUGGUGAGGGCACUAUUAAAAACAAUCACUGUGCCAGACUGUGUAAAAGAUAUUUGAAAAAGUGUUUUGUCCACACAAAGAGAGGAAUUGUUGGACAGAAGAAAAUGCACUCCUCUGCUAUCUAUUAAGGGCUAUGCUUUGUAUAAAAUUGAUGGUGACAAUACAUUGCAACAACAGAACUCUACGUGGUGUCCAUAUGCCGCAACAUGUCUUCUCAGAAUUACCUUUAUUACUAUUUGGAAAUAUGCUACUUAUUUUUCAUUGUAUGUUUUUUUUUUCUUCUUUUUUCUAAGCAUGUACACAUUUCUGUUCUGUCUUUAUGCCUGUUUGUGAGACCUUGUGUUGCUUUUUUUUUGUUUUGUAUAUUUUUCACUCAGUCCUGCUCUCAUUUGACUGGACGUGUGUGUUUUUAUAAGCUUUAAUUGUAUGCGUUUCUGCUUUAUCGGACACAGUGAAAAGCAAUAGCAAAAAAGAAAAGAAAAAGAGCAAUAGCAAAGAGAGAGGGAGUCAUGAGCAGGACUCAAACUCACAGAGUGACAAGCACAUGGUUAUGUAUGUUAUCUUUAUAAUUCAUGAAAAUCUCUGAUGAGUAUAACCUGAUAGAGAAUAAGACAGAACUUUAAUUUCACCUCCGGUGCUUGUGGGCCAAAUAAGAAAAAAUGCAAAACAAAUGCAGGAACAUAUGUCCACCUCUCAACAACAGUAACUCAUGUACAAUAAUCAACAAACUGAAUCUGCAGGGUAGAUUUCAUGUCAUCACACAGUCUCAGGUCGAUUCUUUCAGGGCCAUGUCUCACUUGUCUUGUGUUUUCUGCCAACACAACUGCCCCCAUCAGAAGUUCUUCUUACACCAGAGUAGGUGAAAAAGGUCCCAACACAGUCCGUGUCCUUGGCGCAGCAACCAGGUACAGGUAAGCCAUAAGAUUUUCAGUUUUUAAAGAGCCAGCAAAGAAUCAUCCAAACAGACGAAACCCCCAAAAAUCAGUUUACUUUAACAGAAACCUCAGGUGUGUGAGUGCGUACGUGUGCAAGUGAGAGCAUGAACCAAAACACAAUGAUGUUAUAGAGAUGUCAUUACUGCCAUCAUCCACGGUGAGAGUUUAGUAAGAUGUCCAGUUCCUGGCAUCUGCAUAUUGAUUUGCAAACAUUUUUUUAUUUUUAUUUUAAAUGAUUUUAAAGUCUUCUGGUAGACAGCAGGUCACUGAUGCAAGCUCACUGAGAAUCAUAUCACCAGUUGCAACUUCCAUUGAUAAACAUUGCACUUCUCUGAGGUUGCAACCGUCCAACAUAGUCAAAACAAACGCUUCGCAUUCGGCGCCCCGUCGGCUAAAUCGCAGGGCAACAGUUUCUAGUGAUGUGUGUUCAUGUGUGCUGUAUUUAAUGAGUGAUGCAAAACAUGGAUUUUGUAAAAUAAAUGCGUAUAAUCUGUUUUUCAUCGAGACUAUAUAACUUUUUUUUUUAAAGGAAGAUGUAUAAAACUGACAUUUGUGUAAUGAAAGACAAUGUGACUCUUAACGAACUCCUUUAUAGUUGCAGAGGGGAAGAUUCUCUGUCAGCACAUUGACUGAAAUGGCAUGAAACAUUGCAGCAACGCAGCUGCAACAUAUUGUUGAAGCUCAAGUCAGAUAUUUGAAAAAGAUGGCACAUGAUAUGCAGAAAUCAGUUCUUGUAUGACCAUUGUGGCAACACGCCAGCUGUUUAGAAGCAGUGAAGUCUCUAGCACCAGAUUUAAAGCCAUCAAGGACACAGAAGUUGUAUUAAAAAUCAAAGAGUGAUGCCAUAAUCGUGUUUCUUUAGACUGUUAAGUUGUGACUUUGCUAUUAUAGGAUGGAAAUAUCACAACCAUAUGACUGAGGUAAAUGACAAAACAUAUCUUCAAUGUUUUCCUUCACUCUGCUCCUCUUCACACAAUAUUUUGCAUCCCAUCAGCCAAGUCUACAUCCGAUGUUGUUUAGUAUUUAAAGGAAGUUUCUACAUCAUAUAGCCACAAUAUGUCAGAAGAUUUUUUUAAAAAUCUGUUCCUUAAACUUAUUUCUCUUCCUGAAUUUGAGCCGGUGCAAUAAAUAAGCCAUGGAGGAGGCCAGCAAGGCCUCAGCUCAUACGAUUAAAAUUUUUUUUUAAAAGCACAUGAUUUUAAAAAAUAAAGACCAAAGACAGGUUUGACAUUAGAUUCGGAUAAAAACAAAACAUUAAUAUAAAUUCUAUUGGGGUUCUAUAUAUAUAUUCAGUUUGUAUUUGUGAUGGCAGGAUAGUUCAAGAUCUGAAAUAACCUUUAAAUCUUGAAUCAUCUUUAUCUCUGUUACAUUUUGUUGUUGAAUUUUAACUGAUGUCUUACUUUUUUAGAAACACAGUUUCUGUAGCAAAUGUAUUAUCUUCAUGUUCAGGGAUGCAGACUCCUCAUGAGUUUUAUUUCAAUCUGACUUGUACCAAAAUAGCUCUGAUGGACGGACACACACACAAACUGAUACGUUCUUGUUUUUAUGUAUUUUUAUGAGAAGUUAAUACUAUUUUUUCUUUUUCUUGUUGCUUAUUAUUUGCUGUUUGUUGUUUCUUGUAUUUUGAUAAAGGCGCUUUUGGUUCUCA